AUGAUCACGUCGUCGGUGUUAAGUGUGAGCUGCGAGCCGCUUGAUCAUCAUUUGCCGGCCACCCGCCCGCCGCUGCCGCGCAAGCUCGAGUGCCCGACAGCCAAGUGUCCGCCGCCAUCGUGCCCGUCGCCAUCGGGCAAGGCGCGGCCACCAGUGGCAUCGCAUCCGCGGCCGCCGGCAAGCCAUCCAAGUCCGGUCCGCCCGCCGCUGGUGAACCCGCCGCCUGGGCCGCCGGUGGCCGAAGAGCUCAAGACGGUGUACGUGGAGCCGACGUGUCCGAUCCUGGUAUGCCCGACGUGUGAGGGGACGCUGCUCAAGGAUCCGGUCAUGACCCACCUACGACUCAAUCUUGCACCGGCGCUCGAAGACGCACACAUACCAGCGAUCGACGAUGCAUGGCAAUAUCCGGACAAGCGCGACCUCGACGGCGCCAACUGGGGCCGCGGCGAGAUUCCCAUCUUCUACAUCCACCGCGACCGGCCACUGGAGCUUCUGCGGUCGCUGGCAUCGCUGGCGCGGGCGACGGCGGGACGAGGCUACACUGUGGUGGUCCAUGACAUGGCAACAACGGCGCCGCUCGGAGUGAAGCUGCUGCAGUGUCUAGAGCGCGACAACCCGGGCGGCGACUCGGACUGUAUCGAGCUUGCCGACGCGGUGUGUGCAUCGGCUAUGGCGCCCGGUGCGCACCCCAAGACCCUGUGCGAAGAGUCUGGUAGCGAACUUCUGGCGCUGGUCUCGCUCAGCGCACCAGUGUACGUGGUGCGCGACGGCGAGGUCGAUGCCGAUCUUGCCGCGUUCAUCAAGGACGACCCAUCCAACAUCGACGGCCGCGCUUCGUUUGUCCUCAACCGCGUCUCGGGCACCAUCACCGAGUACAUGCAGUGGGCCAAGCUCCGGGCGUGGGAAGAGUACAAGAAUCCGUCGGAUGUGUACGUGGUGACGGACCCAGACCUAGUCUUUGACGCUGAGACCCCGAGCAACGUCCUCUUUGUCCUUCGCCACAUCCUUCUCUCACUGCCUCCCGAGGAGUGCAAGGUUGUGGCGCCGGCUCUCCGCAUCGACAAUCUGCCGGCCUCGUACCGGUCGGCGUACAUCCAGGGCCACGAGGUCCAGUUUUGGGCCAAGGCACCCCAGACUGUCGAGAUAGACUCGCUGCGAGUCGCGUACUCAUACCCAGUCCUUGUCGACACCACCUUUGGCAUGUACCGGGCCGACUUUGCCUUUGCCCGCCUCCAGGGCGGUGCCCGCGUCCACGCUCCGUACUGGGUCACCCAUCUCGGGUGGUACGCGCCACUGGCAAAGGACAAGAUGUCGCCGAACCACAAGUACUACGCUGAGCACGCCCUGCCCAUCACCGAGUGGACCCGCCAGGGCGACGUUACAGACUCGGACGCGUACUACAAGUCGCUGGUGAUACCCGAGUAAAUAACAACUAUGAAUCA